AUGGAAUCAUGUUUUCAAUGCAGUUUUGUUGUCACGAUCAAUAGAUUUGUGGCAGUUAUCUAUCCAACUCUCUAUAGGAAAGCAUUUAAUGAGCUAACUACAGCAGUAAUGCUACUACUAACCACAACUCUUUCACUGAUUUACUUUAGUAUUUAUUUCGUAGAUGGUUGUAGCUUCUAUUACGAGCACAAAUCAGAUGCAUGGACAUUUGGCACCGAUUCGUGCAGUCAGAGAGUGGCCCUCUACAUCGAUAUGUGCUUCAAUAUAGCCCUAUUCGCUAUCAGUUGUGUCAUCGAUGUGGUAGUAUUCAUGCGCUUACGAUCGUCGACCAAAGCUAUUCUCAACUCGUUUUUGUAUUCAUUUAUGCUUCUUUGUUUCCAUGUAAUUGCUCAGUACACGCCUAGCACUUUUGGGCAAUUUUUCUUCAAAACACUCAUGUGGAGUGUCGCCCACACUGUAGACGGAUUGAUCCUCAUCUACCUCAACCCCGAGAUUAAGCGACAUCUCGUGGGUAUUCGCCACUUUGUCCAGUUUAUCAGAGAUCCCAUNAGCUCCAACGCUGAGAGAGUAGGACCAGCCUACUCUACCACAAUCAAAUGA